AUGAUGGUAUUAGAAGCUGCCCGAUUAACCACAUUUCAGAAGGGAUGCAACAUUCUACAAGCAUCUCAAUGGUAUGAUUUCACGACUAACGAAUCAGGAGCUGCUAUUUACUUCAAUCCCACAGAUAAAGACUCAAACAUAUGGAUUAAAUGCUGUUAUUUCGAGCGCUGUUUCGUUCCUGAAGGAAAUGAUGGUGCGAUGUUCAUUUCUUGUAAUACAAUAGACUUAAACUGUGUCGCGGCAAGUGAUAUUGCUGCAAAGCAGAAUCAGUUUGGAACAAUAGAAGCUGUAAAACGCAAAAAAUUCACAUGUAAAUUUAUUUCAACUUAUAAGAGUGGAAUGCUUUCGUCGUGUCCAGUUGGCGAAUCCAACAAUAUUCUAUGCAAAUUGGGCUUGUUUUUAUGGGAAACUGCAAAUAUAACACAUUCUGAGGUUUCUGGUGAUGGUUGUUGCUUAACACCACAAGAUCUCUCAAAUACAGUUAUAAAAUUCACACACUUUUUGAAUUCUAAGGCUGAUAUUUGCAUUCCUUUAAGAAGAUCGAUUUCAUCCAAGAAAAUUAUCGAAAAAGUCAACUUCGUUAACCUCACAUCGACUACUGCAGUCAUAAUGAUGGAAUCCCAAUGGGUUUGCAAUACAAUAAAUAUCCAAAAUUGCAGAGGUCCAAUUUUCAAGAUGGCCGUUGUCAAAACGUUUGUUACAAUUAAUGACUUCUACUUUGACUUCUCUUUCUCCGAUUAUCCAGGUAUUUCGGUCAAUAAGAAGUUCCAAACUGAUUCUUAUCUUAUUCCGAUUUCGGAUAACUUCCUUUAUAAUAGAUAUAGAUGGAAUUUGAAUUAA